AUGCGUUCGGCGGUUCCUGCUAUAAGAGUAAACCAGCCUGCUCUUCAGUCUAUACGCUUCCUGAGUGAAGCUGCGCAUAAGCAUCCUGAUGAUGGUGUUCCUCCUCAAGACACUAUAGUGAGAUCGAUUCCAGUUUCUGUGGAACGUGAGUUGCCGGAUCCAUUCAAGACGAAAAAACAGAACAGAAGAUACUUUUGGGCAUAUGCCGUGGGCACGACGCUCUCGUGUCUUCUCAUUUUCAACUAUGAGAAGACUAGAUCACCAAUCGUGAACUCUGUGCUCUACUGCUUAAGAAGAUCUGAACAUGCCAAAGCGGCUCUCGGGCCAAACAUUGGUUUUGAGAGCUCGUGGCCCUGGAUUUGGGGCCCUCUUAAUACUGUGAAGGGAAACAUUGAUGUUACUUUUAAGGUCAAGGGCGAUACUGGCGGAGGAAACUUGCAUCUCAGGGCUACCAGAACAUCUAAAUUAGUCCCAUUUGAUAUCCACGCUUGGACGUUGGAGACCGACAACGGCGAAGUGAUUGAUUUGGCCAAGGAUGCUUCUGUGGACUUCGAAUUGUAG